UGUUACUUCACACUGAUGUCGGUACGGAAAAACAAAGAUGUGGUCUUCCUUUGUCGAACGCCGAAUGAGCAACAGAACCGUGACUGCUGAUAGUUGAAACACCAACAUGUUUGAUGCGCCGCCGUCACGAUGCGGAACCGGGAACAAAUCCCACGGACGCACCUCCAUGCGUUAUCCGUCGAGAAGAGGCAGUCAUGCCAGCGUUGGAACAACGGUUAUUCAGGUGCUUCUGCCCGCGGUUCUGUUGUUUUGCGCAAGAGCUGUUGGGGUUGGACUUGCCCUUGCACGAAGCGGCAUGAUUUUCGAUCAUGCGCGGUCAUUCGUCUCCGAUCCGGAAGAACCUGCGUCCGCGAAAACCACGGAGAGCAGUUCGAGCAACAAUUUUUGGGACCAAGCCAUACAUGAGCAUGCCGACCUGGAUGCAAGCGAAGGCGCAGGAGCGGGGGACCCGCUCCUAUCACCCAGAAGCCCAGGAGCCUCCAGUGGGUCGACGGUGCCGCGACUUCCCACAAUUUUCAGCGGGCAAGAACUUGCAUCCAUCUUUGGUGCUGCGCAGCAGCAGGACUUCCGACAGCGCCGCUACCGACUCCCCGGGGAAGACUCUUCUAGUGGGGAAUCCACGACCUCUGAGACGGAAGCGGCAGCAGUCGCCAAGAGGCGUCCUAGACAACCACGUGCGAUCGUGUCAGGCGGAUCUUCGAGCGAACAGGACGAUGAGGAACAAGUCUCUUACGGUGCGCCGCGCUCCCGCUCGACCUCGUGGCCACUUUCGGCGCUGGAGAGUCAGCACGCCUUCGGUGGCGGGGCGACGGCGAGCGGUCAGGCGGUAGUGGGCGCUCUUGGAGUAAAAACCGAUCAUGUCACUCCGCACCGCGGAAGGGAAGAGUUUUCUAGUACUGCCGUAGCUGCGUGUGAAGAAGACGAUAGCUUGCUGAUGCCAGGGCUCGUGCGCUGGAGUCGGCAAUCCUCUUCGGAGCCGACCAGUCCGCGCGCGGUCGCCGCGAUUGCAGGCACGGAGCACGAUCUGUGGAGCACGGCCGCGCACUGGUCAAUUGCCAAAUGGCUACUGAAGCGUCACGGGCGGUUGGCCUACUUCAUCUGCGGCGGAGGGAUUCCACUUUCGGAGCCCGCGAGCCCCCGUUCACCGCGGCGCAAUUCCCGGUCGAGAAGCGGCGGAUCAGGGGGAGAGCGGGAGCACUCGUAUCUCGGAGCGGGCACAGGGCUCUUUGACGACUGCGACGGUAGUUCUUACGUAGGACAGCACGGCACUUCUUCCACUCUGGGAGGUGCUGGUGGAGCAUCAGCAUCUUCGUCCAGUAGCUCGACAUCCAUGAUGCCUCAAGUUACGUCUUGGGAACAUGAGCCAGCAGCGGUGCGGGAGGGGAAGAGCAAUACUGCGAAUAAAAUGUCACUUGUAGCCACGCCUCCUGCUACGGCUCGACCGCGGACGCCCAAUCUUUUACAGAGCAGCCUCCACGGGUCUUUAUCUUUGGGUGACGUCAAUACUGCCGCGCCGGACGGAGGUAAUGUCGGAACAGGGUCCUCUAGUACAACUUCCGCAUCAGCGAGUAGAGCUAAAAGCGCAUCAAAAUCGAAACGAUCCGAUAGUUCUUCCAGAUCCAAGAACAAGUCAACGGGUCGUCGGGGACCAGCAGUCACUCCACGAAGUAGCGGAGAGUCUAGUAGUUCUUCGCAACGUCAUCGACACAGCGCUAGCGGAAAUGAACCUCGCACGGCAACGCUAUCGUGGGGCGGUCCGCCGCCGAGCCUGCCUCCCUCGCCGGCGGCGGUCUCGCCGAGUGGCAGUGAUUCUGAAGAGUUGGUGGAUUCGGCCACGUUUCACAAUUUGGCACACCUGUCCCCCUCGGGCUUUCGCAACUCCAUGGCAAUGCUGUAUCCACAUCGCAUCUCUCCUCUACACCACUUGCUGAAUGAGUGUGCGGAGGACCGCGUCGAGCCGCACAACUCACCUAGCGAUCAUGCGGUUUCGCCACAUGCCGCAACGGUUCUGAGAGCCGCGGCGAACUUCAUGCCCUCGUCGCCCACAGACAGAGAACUAAAUUUUCUGACCAGCGCUGCUGCGCAGGGGUACUGUGAUAGAGCUCGCACCUCCGUCGACGAUGUUACAGGACGACUUGCAGACACGGUAGAUGAUAGUACACAAGAACUGCGUGCAGACCAAGGACGAAGAGAUGAAACGGUGCCGGGAAUCAGUUCUCAGCAACCCUCUGACCUUGAUGCACGACGAGACGCACAAGUAAGGGAAGAUACCGGGUGCACGCGAUCCCACCAAGAAUCAAAUCGUCUUGAGCCAGCAGGUACUUCUGCAACUGAAGAUUUGCGAGUCUCAGCUGCGUCCCUCGCCGAGCUGAGCGAAAGAUUUGAAAGUAUGUUGCUUUGCCACAACAAGCCCGCGCUUUUCCGAAAGGGUGUGACAACUACACACCACGCUCUGGCUAGUUGCAGUCUGGCGCACCGGGGACGAGCGCUUGAGAUGCUGUGGCGAUCGCGUCUGAUCAGUACCCUUCUGAAGCGGCGUCACGAACAGGAACGCGAGCGGCGCAGGCGCAAAAGACGAGGAGCUGUCGCUCGUUAUCCACCCGCGAUCAAGGAGGACCAAAAUGAAGACCAAAGCCAGGAACAAGCGCCAGGCGACGCUGCGCCGGGUGAUUUUCUGGAUUACGUCACCGGGGCAUCUCUGAAUGAUUCCUCGCUCCUGGGUUCCUGGUGUCGUUCCGUUUCGGACCCCACGGAGGAGGAGAGACUGCACAUUCUGAAAGCCGUUCACACCCUUUCGCUGCAGGAACGUCGCAAAGGAAAAAGCGGAAGUAAGAAGGAGAACAAGGGAAUAAAGCACUACAACAGCGGCCCCGCUAGUGAGGAAAGUAGCGCCCUCGUUCGUGCCAACGUCGUGCGGCCAGACGCAGCUGCUCGUCCUGGUACGGUUCCCGACAAUAACACGACUGAAAUGCUUAGAAUAGUAUGCCAGAAAAAUAACGCUCUCUCGAGCAUGCCAGAUGAAAGAGCGCAACGGCAAAUCAGCACCGAGGAUGAGGACGAGGAACUGGGGCUUUACGAUCACAACGGCGAGGAUUUUCGCAGAGCGGUAUCGGCACCGUGCCCCGCUCCAACCCACGAUCCGAUUCUUUUCGACCUUGACGCGCUGGAAGAACGGGCCGAAAGUGAGGGCGGAAUGCUGCCUUCGUCCUCCGGGGAUGAGGCGGAUGUAGAAUCGGUCGUGCAUGCAUCCUCUCUCCUCGCCAAAACGCGCUCGUCCACCCUUACUGAGAGCAACGUUGAGAGCCACAUGAAAAAUCAAGGCGCGCAGGCACAAAACCAGCGUCCAGCAGGGCAGCCAAGGAGAGCGUUUCCGCCGCAGGCACUGCCCUUGCUUGUCCGGGAACAUCAACCGGAGGCUUCACGACUGCAAAGCAUGGAAGAGGGAGACAGGUCCUCACUUGCAGUCCAUCAAGGAUUUCAUCUUCGGCCAAGCUCCGCGCCCCAAAAUCGGAAAAAUACUGCAGAAAUUACGACCGUUGAAUUAAAAACAAGACGCGAUGAAGAGGACCAGCAUGAUGUAGAAGAUUGUGCGAAGCAAGAAAGACCCUCGACGUGUGGAGGUGCCAACUCCUGGCCUCGGAGUGUCUUCGACUCGCGAUUUCCUGCACCUCUCGCAAGCUCGAAGCAGCACUUGCGUAGUUGUGCAGAUGAUUCGCGGGGCCGAGAAAACGCUCCACAUGGAGGAAGAGAAGACGUCCCCCGCCUGAAUGGCUUUUGCAGUACGUCUUCCAGUCGCGGUACAUCUUCUUCCAGUCGCCGUCCGCGCUCCGCUGGAGCAAGAACGACAACUCCCACGAUUACAAGCUGGCCGCGGUACUGCAAUCCGAGUGCUCCUGCCACCACCUCGUCGCCAUACGCUUUGUCUCCAUUCCAGGCUCCUUCGCAAGAAGUCCCCUCGAGCAACCAUCCCGCGCAAACUGCUCCUCCGCGAGAGGAAGUGACUGUGCCGCUCCUCCGUACGACCUCCUCCACAACGACGACUUCGAGUACCUCAAUCAGAGAUCGACCUCUACAAACGACCUCUGACAUGGAGCCCGAGGUGCUUUCGAUGGACGAUCCGUUCUUGCGGACUCCGACCUUCUCUGGCCCUCUGCUGACUGAGGACGCGGACAUCAAGGACCACGCAGUAGAGCACCAGGUAGUUGGCGUUGAGAACAUCUGUGCCCGGCAAACUCGAGCAGCACUGGAAGGUGGUGCGGCGCUGCCUUCAGGAGACAACACUGCGGGGAUUCUUGAGGACUUGUCUUUGAUUCGCCAUCUCGUGGAGCAGAACGACCCAGGGGCCGCCGCUGACCUGGCGGAGCUCGAGGAACAGAUGGUCUUCGACGAAAUGGAUUCCUUUGUCAGGCAAAUUUCCGAGUCCCUCUGUAGCGACGCAAGCCGGAAGGAACCGGAUGUGGUUUUUGUGCAACACCCGUUGGGGCUCGGUAGGGAGACGAGGACCAGCGUAAUUGCAGACACAAGUGCAGCCACGAUUUCCGAAACCGAGCGUCAAGACCGUCGAACUUCUCCCGAGUAUGCAGCAACAGGUUCUUCCUUGAGCGUUUCGCUGGGGAUUAUGGACUCCACGGACAGCCUGCGGAGCCAGGCAAGUGAGGGUUCCGUGAGGCGGACAUUGCAUCGCGGAAAGGUUAUCUCCGGCACCGUCAAAGUUAGGAGUACUGACCAGUCACCAGUUGUUGCACCUCCACCUGCUCCACCGAUCACUUCUGGAGGUACUUCGGGCUCAACAACAAAUCCGGAGGAGCAUAGUACCAUGCCAGUUUCCGCUGUUCCGACGAAGACCCAGCUGCAAAACUCGUUGAUGCUGGGGGUAAAGAGAAAGGCCGGGGCCUCUUCAGCGCCAACCGCGUUUUACUUUACACUCAUGAAUCACUUCUAUCAGGAGGCCAGACACCACGAGAACGCUCCUACUUCACGUCCUGCGUCAACCGAAGCACUCGGACUGCGCCAGGGGAGGCUAGUUCUUUCCAUCCUGUACUUUCCCGAAGCCGUCCAAUCUGGCAUGAUGCUCUGGGCCAUUCUGGAGCGCAUAGGCCCGCGAGACUCCGACUUCGAUUUUCCAGGUGAGCGCUCCAAUUUUGCAGAAGGGAUAACGACAAGACGGACGCUGUUGCAAGCGGGAGACGGCGAGGGAAGUGACUCGCAGUCGCACUGCAACUCGAAGAUGCAACUGACAGUCACGGGGGACUUAUCGCGAGUAGACCCUGGUGGUGUCCCAGGAGCUGCAGCUGCUUCUAGAAGCGCUACCGGCGCCCUGGAUAGGCGGGUGUCACAGUUCAUGUUGGACUUUGGCCGGAACACGAUUGAGGUGGUCUCUGGCGACUCGGAAGCCACUGCACUCGCGGCAUUCGUGUUGAAGGUCUUCAAGGGCAGCGCUUUCGGCCCGGUGCAGUAAGUAGGAAGAUGUACAACCUUUCAGUAGGCCGCUGACAGCGUACCUAACCCUGCUGUAUGUUUUCCAGCGCUGAAGCUUCCUCGCUGGCGGUGAAUUCUUUCUUGCUGCAGCAGCAAGGCCUUCUGAGCGGGACCACUACAUUUUCCCAGCAACGCAAGAGUGUCGACCUCUUAAUGCAAAUUCUAUUUCUACUUCCCCCCCAUCUAACACUGCAUGUGCAUAUUUUUUUCAGCGUGAAAUAAGAGUGCAGAGUUCGUGGCCUCUCUUCGGGUCGAGCACUUGCACUGUAUUAAACGCUCCCCGCCUUUUCAUUUUUGUACCACCAGUUCCACAACUUGGUUCUUCUGAACACGUCUAUUCGUUUUCGUUUCCGACUGCACUUCGACUUUCCGCCCACACAUUUCGAGAAUACAGGAAUUCGUCAUUGCCCCGAUUGAAAGAACAGAAGGUCAUGACGAGACUCAAUUACUUUCAAAUGAACCAUUGCAACAGAUAGAAAGCGCAU